GUGAGAGCACUCUGAAACGUGUGGAAAUUGACCAGAAACUCCAAACCGUUACUGUCAAAAUAUCCGAUGUUAAAUCUCAAAUUCCUCACUGGCGUGAUCAGCUGAAGCCGUUGCGUCUACACCAGAUUCCCGGUGAUUCCGAACCACAACCGCCUCUCAAAACGUACACUGAAGAAGAGCUUGCCGCACAUACUCUCCAAGAUAUCCAAUACAAAGAGAGUGUACAGGAAGAAUUGCUAAAGAAAAAGCCCAACCUGUCGUGCAUCGACGAAUAUAUUGAAAAGCGUAAUGUAUAUCUGGAGCGUGUAAAAGUACUGGAAGACAUCACAUCAAAACGGAAUGAAAUGCGGCAGCUUUACGAUGAUCUACGCAAAAAGCGUUAUAAUGAAUUCAUGCAGGGGUUUAAGAUAAUCACACGCAAGUUGAAAGAAAUGUAUCAAAUGAUUACACAAGGAGGUGAUGCUGAGCUGGAGCUAGUCGAUUCAAUGGAUCCUUUCACGGAGGGUGUAAGCUUUAGUGUGCGACCACCGAAAAAGACUUGGAAGAAUAUAUCGAAUCUGUCCGGCGGCGAAAAAACGCUGUCCUCAUUGGCAUUGGUAUUCGCAUUACAUUACUAUAAGCCUUCGCCAUUGUACUUUAUGGAUGAAAUAGAUGCGGCACUUGACUUCAAGAACAUCUCCAUUGUGGCCCACUACAUAAAGGAGCGCACCAAAAACGCACAGUUCAUCAUCAUUUCCUUACGUUCAAAUAUGUUCGAAUUAUCCGAUUAUAUUGUGGGUAUAUACAAAGUAAAGGACUGCACAGAUUCUGUGACGAUUAAAAAUGUUCCGCCACCCCUGCCACUCACACAAAUGCAAACACAGACACAGACGCAGUCACAAACAACAUUCGAUACUAACUCGAUGUUUGACCAACUCAAGACCAAGUUGCCCGCCUUACAAGUUAUUCCAUUAUCGCCUUUAGAAGAGAAUUCGGAAAAUGCGCCUCCAUCCCAAGAACGUGAAACCUUAUCUGUAGCACCAACGCAAGGUCGCGAUACUACUUUUGCGCCGCCUUGUGAGAGUACUGCCCUAUCGCAAAUGGUUCAGAAGGACCUCGGGAGCGAUACAACACGUUCGACAAUAUCGGCUGUCGGCACUAGUACCAACAGCAGUAUUACUGACACAUUCUUCAAGAAACCGCUGCCGCCUGCUCAGAAAGCAACAUCUUGAGAUGUUCAGCGGAGAUGUAGUACUUGUUAAUGUUUUGCAUGCACUAUUUCUUUUAUUUUACUUUUUUUAUAAAGCUCCUCCCGUUGUUAAAACAAAAUUAUUACGAUUACCUAAACUUAUAAAUAUUGAUCUGAUUAUAAGAAUUUGUAACGGUGAUUAAUUUACGUAUGCAUAUAUUUUAUUCAUUUUGGUUUAAAAGCACAAAUAAUAAAUAUAACCAAAUUUAA